GAAAUCGAAGUUAAAGCAAGAAGGCUCGGGGGAGGGAGGGGAAGGGAAAUGGCGGAGCGAGGCCAACUCGAUCAAGCGUCUCCGGCGGCCAAGGUGGAUGCUGAUGUAUUAUUGAAUGAGCCGAGGUCGUUCAGGAUGGAUCGGAGGUCGCCGGAGGCGGCCGCGCUCAGAGACGCCGUCUCCCGCAAGCUCCUAGACUUCCUUGGCGCUUACUCCGACGACGUCCUCACGGAAUACAUUAUUGUUCUUGUUUGCAAUGGGAAACAUCAAAAUCAAGCCCGAGAUGAACUGGAGGCAUUUCUUGGCAAUGAAAGUGAAAACUUUGUAACAUGGCUUUGGAAUUAUCUAUCACUUCAAACUAAUGUUUCAAAUACACCUGUUCACUGUUUAGAUGAAACAACAAAGUCUAAGGGUGGUUUUUCUGAUCCAUCAAAUGAUAAAGAAAGCUUGAGCCAUGCAAACAACAUUGAUGAUGUAGAGAGACCUAAAGGUUGGCGUCCUAGUGAAAUUGCUUCUAUCAAAGUGCAUGCUGAUAGGCCACAAGAACACACACGUGCAAUUAAUAACUUCAGCUGUCUGGACGAUAUUAAUCAAACUCAAAAUGGAUUCACAAUGUUUGUGGAUGCUAGCCUGAUAUCCUCUACUAAAUUUUUUUCUGGGGGUGAGCAUUGCCUAGAAAGACAGAAUCAGCACUGGAAGAUAAGCUCAAGUGCAUCGCCUUCUCAACCUUUGCAUAUGCCAAAGACAGAAACAGUCAUGAGGAAUUCACAACCAAUUGAAGAUAUUAAACAUGAGUUUCUUUCCUAUAGAAAUACUGUUCCAAGUGAGCCUUCUGCAAAUGAUGUGGCUGCCAUAGAGGCACAGAUUACAAGGCCUCGUGGUAAUGUUUGGGAUAGGCUAGGCAAGCGAUGCAAAGAAAAUGAGUCCUUAUUAAGAGGUGAAAGACACUAUAUCACUACAACAGAAAAACUAAACCUUCAUACUGAGGAAAGUCAAGACUCAAAGCUAGUAGUAGUCGAGCCAUAUGCAACUUACAGUGGCAAUAAGACUGAAAAUAGUGCUGUGUUUGAUGAAGGUCAUAAAAGGAGGCUUGCCGCUAACAGUUCUCAAAGACAAGAUGUGCAGGAGUACAAUAAACGGUACUCAUUUGAACCGGUGGAUAAAUCAAGAAAGAUAAGACAAGGUUAUAUUACUUCUGGUAAUAUGUAUGCCUCAUUUGCAGGCAGUGAGGAAAGCCUUCUGCAAACUAAAGAGGCAUUACAAGAGGAGCCAACAUGCACUUCAGCAUCAUCUUUAAAUGAGAAGAACAAACAGUCUGAUAAAGUAGUUCAAUCUGCAUCAAAGAAGAAUACCUCAGAAACAACUAUGGCACAGAAUUCAGUUCCAUAUAGUUUAACAUCAGAUAAACCUGAACCCCUGAAGUUUACAAAUAGAAACAGUGAAUCCAGGCCCAUCCACAAUGAAAUAACUGAUGUAAAAUUAAAGCUGCAACAAGUGGAAAAGGAUAUGCAAAAGCUCCGGUCAAAACAGGCAGAUUUGAAUAACUCGAAAUCCAAGUUACCAUCAGGUCAGCACCAUAACACAAAGGAAGAUUUUGAGUCAAGAACUGUUGUUGUCUCUAAUGUACAUUUUGCAGCAUCAAGGGAAGCACUAUUCUUUCAUUUUACAAAGUGUGGUGCUAUUGUUAAAGUUACCUUACUAACUGAUGCGUUAACUAGCCAUCCAAAAGGAGAAGCACAUAUUGUCUUUGCCAACAAAGAGUCAAUUGACAAGGCAAUAUCAUUAACUGGAACCUCAUUCUUUUCUCGGAUACUGACGGUAUCGCGGAAAGCAGAAAUGGCUUCAGGGUCAGUACCAACCCAGCCUGCUAUGAAGGCUCCACAAUCAUGCUACCCUUUGUCACAGAAGGGUACCUUUCAAAGACAUAAUACACAUUCGCACUUCCAAUGGAAACGGGAGUGAUCAACCUCGCCUUUGCAAAAAAAAAAUUAAAAUUAAAAUUAAAAUUUUCAAUUUGCUGGUGAGUAAUGAGUAACUCUAUGUGAUCCUCGGUGACUCAUCUAUAGAUCAAUAUUCAGGCUCCACACUAGAGCAGAGAAUUUUAGGCGAAGAGAAUACCCUAAGGACCAUUAAGAGAGCCCAGUUUAAGCCAAGUAGUGGAAGGUGUUAUAGCAGUAAGCUGUUUAUGUAAUUGUGAGUGUGCAGGAGGUUUGCUGAAAUCAGAAUUCAAUUGCUACAUCGAUACAGUUUUGCACUAUUAUUCUCACAAUUUAAGACUGGAAACAUUGCUCUUA